ACCGUCCAUCGUCGACCACAGCCGCCAGCCGUCAGCUACAGCUACAGCUACAGCUACAGCCCGCCCAAGAAUGUAGCGCGGAUCGCGCGUUCCAUCCAUACGCCCAACAUGGAUCCUUUACCACAGUUAUCGCCCGAGCAGUUGCAGGAGGAUAAGUCGCCCCUGGUCCUGGGAGUGAUAUCAAUGUGCCUCUUCAUAUCAACGGGCAUAUUGAUCCUGCGACUCUGGACCCGCUUCCACAUUGUCAAGAGAAUUGGUAUCGACGACUGGGCUGCCGCUUUCUCGUUGAUAUCGGUAUUAGGCGUCGGUCUUUCGCAGGCAGUGAUGACGCGGUAUGGUCUCGGGAAACAUCAACAGACGGUUCCCCCAGAAGAAAUGAUUGGGUUCAUGAAAUGCUUUUGGGUAUCUGUUCUCUUCUACAGCCUGGGACACUUGUCAUUCAAGAUGGCAUUCUUGCUCCAGUAUUAUCGCGUACUGGUCACCCACUAUAUGAAGAAGUACUACAUCGCAGCCAUGAUCUUUGUAGGGGCUUGGGGGCUUAGCGUUGUGAUCAUCUCCUUUAUAUGGUGUAUUCCCCUUGAGGGCUUUUGGGACCACUCAGUACCGGCAAAGUGUCUUCCUCAGCAAGUCCUAUUCUACCUCUUCGGGGCCUGCAGUAUCGUGACGGACGUUCUCAUUUUCCUGCUGCCGCUGCCGGCGCUGAUCCAGCUCAAACUUCCGAGGACUCAGAAGCUGUACCUGCUUGGCAUCUUCAGCCUCGGAUUCCUCAUCGUCGGCAUUUCCGUCUUGCGCCUCCAAUUCCUGAAGAUCAAUUCAGACUUCACCUACUGGAACGUGGAGCCCGCCAUGUGGUCCCUCGGCGAGCUUUCAGCGGCAAUGGUAUGCCUUUGCCUGCCUCCUCUCAAAGCCCUCGCAGCCCGCAUGGGCCUGCUUGUCACCAGGACGGGGACUUCGAGGACUGUUCCCUCGACGGUCGACCGACACAGCCGCAGCCCGGCGUCCAACGCGCCGCUCUCGCCCACUCCCAAAGCGGUCGAGACAUACAUGAUAAACUCUCCGAGCGAGAAGCCCGGCAGCUUUGGUAACGACGUGGUGGAGACGGAGCGCAGCGAAGAAGUGAUUCGGCCGAGCCCGGCGCACAUGGUAUAA